AUGGAAUUGGCUCUCUUUCUUUCUCGCUCUCACUCUUUCCUUCUUUCUCUUUCUUUCUUUCUUUCUCCUUCACACUUUUUCUUUCUUUCUCCAUUUUUCUCUUUCUUUCAUUCUUUAACGCUCUUCUCUUUCUUUCUUUCUCUCAUCCAUUCUUUCUCGUUCACUUUCUUUCUUUUUUCUCGAUUUGUCUCUUUCUUUCUUCUUUCUCUCUUUCUUUCCAUCUUUCUUUCGCGUUCUCUCGAAUUCCUUCUUUCUUUCAGACCUUCUUUCUUUCUCGUUCUUUCUAUUUUUCUUUCUAUAUUUGUCUCUUUCUUUCUUUCACGCUAUCUUUCUUUCUCGCUCUCUCUUCCUCCUUUCUUUCUUUCUUUCUUUCUAUCUAACUCGAUCUCUUUCCUUCUUUUUUCUCUCUCUCUUACAUUCUUUCUUUAUUUUUCUUUCUUGUUCUCUAUCUUUUUCACUCUAUCUUUCUUUCUUUCUUUCUUUCUUUCUUUCUUUCUCGGUUUGUCACUUUCUUUCCCGCAUUUACUUUCUUUCUCGCUCUGUCUCAUUGCUUCUUUAACACUCACUUUCUUUCUCGCUCAGUUUUUUUUCUUUUUUCUCGGUUUGUCUCUCUUUCUUUCUCUUUUUUUGUUUUGUUUCUUUCCUUCUCGCUCUCUCUUUCUACCUCCCUUUCUUUCUUUCUUUCUUUCUUUCUUUCUUUCUUUAAUACUUAGUGUCUGUGUCGUCUUUCUUUCUUCUAAUUCGAUACUCUUUCAUUUACCUCCCCUCACAAUUAUCUCCCUUUAA